AAUCGCUAUAAAUAUAAUGAUAAUUGUGCUAUUGUUUGUGUUAUUAUUUACAGCAGUAUUAUUAUAAAUAUACUAUAGUGUGUAACUUCAUUUAACUACGUAUACUCACACACUGUACUGUACCUAAAAACCAAAGAUAUCUUCGAUAAUUAAGGCACAUAAACCUACGAGUGGUGAAUAUAGAAUCUAUAUAUAGAACGUUUAUAUGUAACCGGAUAUUUUCCGAAAAGAAAUACAUUUCCUGGAAGGAGUAUAGAUAAUAAUGGCGGUUUCGUGCUCUCAACAGAUUCAUAUACAAGAAGAAUUGUUCAAGAACUUGAUUGAAAUAGCGGAAACAAUUGUCAAUACGAAGAAUACACUUUUUCAGAAGUACGCAUUAUGGCACAAGAAAACCUGGGAAAUUAGCCUCAGUUUACUUAAUAUUCGUAAAGAAUUGAAGAAGCAUUCAUUCGGAUCAAACUGUGCCAAUUUGACAGGUGCCUCUGCUACUAUCUUGGGUUCAAUUGCCAGCAUUGUAGGAAUUGCUCUCAUGCCAAUCACUGCAGGAACUUCUCUGGCUCUUACAAUUGGGGGAAUUGCUACUGCCACAACGGGAGGAAUCGUUUCAGCUGGAUCCACCAUCACCAAUUAUAUUCUUUCUAAAAAACUAUAUGAAAAAGUCAAUGAAAUAUUUAAUACACAUAUCAAUUUCACAGAAGAAAUAGAAAGAGCAGCAAAUGAAUACAGUCAACUUUUGACACAAUUCCAAAAGCUAUUAAAGGAAUUAGACGAAGAACAUUACCAAAUACUGAAACUUUUAUUAAACGAUUGUAUUGAAAAUGUGGAUACGAGCACACAAAAAUCCUUAGACAACUGGUGUCCAACUCUUUCAAAACUAGAAGAAAUGGCGCCGAAUAAACAGAUCAUGUUGAAAGUACAGCUCAUCAUUCAAUUAGUCAAAUAUGUUAAGGACGAUAAUAAUAUGGUGAAUAUAAUCAAAACUACACCGAUAAAGGAUGUAUUACAAACAGGAUCGCUUUUAAAUAUCACUAAAACAGCAAUUUCUGCUGAUCAGAUCGUAAAAUCGAUUUCAGAAGCAGGAAGAUUAUUCACGCUAUCUUUAAAAGAGGCACGACUGGUAGUAAGAAUAGGUCUUAGUGUCUUGAAUGCCGUAUUUGUAAUAUGGGGUUUAGUCGAUUUGGUUACAACUUCUAUUAAUAUCCACCGAGGAUCAGAAACUGAGCAGAUUAAAGAAAUCGGUAAAGUCGUUACAAAUUUGAAAAAGUACAGGAAAGAAACUAAAUCAAAAGCGGUUGAAUUAUUUGGACACGAAUUAGUUGCGUCGCUCGACACUUAAGUUAUUAACAAAGUUUUCUUUAUGUAAUUUCAUGAUUUAUGAAUUUUUCACUCUAUUCAUUUAUACAUACACUAUAUAUCACUACGACUUCCAUAUGUGAUAACCCGAUGAAUAAAGGUAUAAAUCGCGAGAAAAACAAUUAUGAUGUUUACUGCUUUGUGAUUUAAAUAUUAUAUAAAACAGAUAUUUAUCGUUUUUCUUCUAUUCUUGAAUGAAAAUCACGGAAGAGAUUUGCGUUAUAAGAAAUAAUUGGAGAGAGCAGUGAUUAAAUUACACGAGAAAGUAUCGUUUCAUUUUCAAAUAACACAAUUAUUAUUUGUAUUAAUAAUUUACCGUAUAUUUGAUUUGAUAAUGUUUAUUGUAUGCCAAUAUAUAUUCUGUUAAAAAUUCGUACGAUUUAUGCCGUUGUCGAACAAGAAUUUUUGUAUUUGUCGUCGUUGUAUAUAUUUUCUUUUGAUAGAGUGUAUUAUUUCAUACUCAGAAUUAAAAAACAUGCAGAAAAUUCUACUCGUACUU